GUGUAAAUACGCGAGUUUAUUAUCACGUCGGUGCUAGGAGCUCUUCUCGCUUGCUGGCACACGAAACGGGGUGCUGAUUAACCUGAAGCUUCGUCCCUGGAUCCUGUCCUGCCCUGCAAUGUAGAACUCCCGCCUGACGAGCAUUUUCCAAGGUUGUGCACUCAAAUGCUCCCAUUCCUUUAGAGAGUGUGUGCGGCAAAAGCGCCCAACUUUUAAUUUUCUGCCGUGUCUCCCUUCUAUCUGGUCGAAUAAUUGUGUACUGCUCGCAGAUUUCAAUGUUACCCAUUAUCCUAACUGACAUCUGCUCCAUAGCUACUAUUAUUUCUGUCCAACACUUUGGACUUAAGGUUUUGAAUUAGGUCAUCGUACGCGUUCUUUCACCACAACCAAGAAUAGGUAACUAAUGUCUCCCAUUCCCUUGCAGUUCUUACAUUUCGUUAUUGGCAAUUAACACCCUCCAAGCUCAUUAUGAACCGCUUAGACUACCAGUCCUACAAACAAUGGAAAAACAAUGCAUUUCGGCACAAUUCACGGCUCAAUAACUACUAUUGUGCUCAAGCACGAAACUUACCACGUCCAGCUAUCGCAAAUGACUUUGGAUACAGAAGUCAGGAUUUGCAGUUUUUGAUGUGCAAUGCAAAAGACAUUAACGUAAAGAAAGCAGUUAAGAGGGAAAUACUCAAAAAGCUCAUUCCGCUUAAAAUGAAGAGGUCCAGGCCAGAUGCUUUUUAUCAACUUAAACAUGACAAAGGUUUGGGGGAAAUUAGAAACAAAACCCAACGUAGCGUGCUCCACAGAACCAGCAAUUUCGCGCCAACCAAAAUGACCGUCAAAUCUACGUUACCUUCAUCUGCGUUUCGCCAUCUCAUAUGUGGACUCCAAGGAUCGACUGAGGGCCGAUUCCUGUUCGAGGGCAGGAGAUGCACGGCUGCGCACAUUCUUGCAAGACUUAAUUCACAUUCUCAUAUUCGCAAGCUUCACCCAAGUGGCUUUUAUGUUGUCUCGUAA